AUGAACAGCGAGAUGGGGGAGGUGGUCUUGAAUGGCCGGAAUACCGACGCACACUUCCACAUCACAGAUGAAAAAAGCUGGCACAACACUGUCGACUCCUCAACAAACACCACCGAGCCGAGCGACCAGAUGUGGGGUCCCACCAUCAUGCCCAUGUCAAGGCAGGUUGACAGCUUUCGCAUCUGGCAGGCCCGACUCUUGGCGCUUGAAGACACCUACAAUCGUGCCUCUCCCCAGACCAUCCUGGGUUUUUGGCGAGACCGACGGAACCUUCGCGAAUGGUGGACCUUUUGGAUCGCACUCCUUGAGCUUGUUCUUGUUUUGAUUGGCUUUCUCAUCGCCACAGGCUCGCUUGCGGUUGGUGUAGUCUCCGUGCUGGAGGCCAAGGAGGCUAACAGAUAUGCCAGCAUUGAAAGUGCUGAAAAUGAGAAAGCUGCCUCUUCGGAGUCUUCGGCAGGCUGUUAUUGUUUGACCACGACGCUGGACACCAAUGUGUCAUUUGAUGUAUCGGGCACUUCUAACGAGGGCCUUGCUGUUGUUCAACCAACCGAUAUCUCCACAUCUCUUGAACGCGCGUGGCCAACGAAGCAACUGGCCCAGCAUCCGCUACAAUAA